AUGGCAAUAUAUUUCAACUCUUCAACCCUUCAAUCUAAGGAUUUGGGAAAAAUUUCCCUCAUAGUCAUUACACUCUGCAUGGCGUUGCCCAUCUUCAUUAGCCCACAUGGUGCAGAAAGAAGUAAAACUCCAUUUCAUUUCAAUCUGACACUUAUUGGUGCUCAAUUCAUAAUUUGUUGCAUGACCGGGCCAUUUAAUUAUACAAGCAAGAAUUAG